AUGGCUGCCCCCGCUGCUUUCUCUGACAUCGCCAAGGCGAGCAACGAUCUCCUCAACAAGGACUUCUACCACACCAGCGCCGCCAACCUUGAGGUCAAGUCCAAGGCCCCCAAUGGCGUCACCUUCACCGUGAAGGGCAAGUCGGCUCACGACGGCCCCAUUGGCGGUUCCCUCGAGGCCAAAUACGUUGAUGCGCCAACUGGUAAACAUCCCAAAAAACGAAGAAAACCACCCGAUCCCAGGAGCAGCCACGCACGGGUCUUGCGACCCACGAUAUCUGUAUCGUGUGGUCGCUUUUCCUCUGGCUCCCUGACCUUCCAAGUCUCAUCCCGCAUGGUCGAGCAUGGUGUAAUGCUAAUGGUUCGUCCGUACCCAGGCCUUACCCUCACCCAGGCGUGGACCACCGCCAACGCCCUCGACACCAAGCUUGAGCUGGACAACAACAUUGCCAAGGGCCUCAAGGCUGAGGUUAUCACUCAGUACCUGCCCAGCUCCCAGUCCAAGGGUGCCAAGCUCAACCUCUACUUCAAGCAGCCCAACCUGCACGCCCGUGCCUUCUUCGACCUGCUGAAGGGCCCCACCGCCAACUUCGACGCCGUCCUCGGCCACGAGGGCUUCCUCGUCGGUGCUGAGGGUGGCUACGAUGUCCAGAAGGCUGCCAUCACCAAGUACUCCGCUGCCGUUGGCUACAGCCUUCCCCAGUACUCUGCUGCCAUCACCGCUGGCAACAACCUGACCCUCUUCUCUGCCAGCUACUACCACCGCGUUAACGCUCAGGUCGAGGCUGGCGCCAAGGCCACCUGGGACUCCAAGGCCGGUAACACCGUCGGCCUUGAGGUUGCCAGCAAGUACAAGCUGGACCCCUCUUCUUUCGCUAAGGUCAAGAUCAACGACCGUGGUAUCGCUGCUCUUGCCUACAACGUCCUCCUCCGCCCUGGUGUCACCCUUGGUCUCGGUGCCUCUUUCGACACCCAGAACCUGAACCAGGCUGCCCACAAGGUUGGCGCCAGCUUCACCUUCGAGGGCUAAAUGUAUAAUUCCGGUCUCCCAUCGAUCUGCCGGCCUAGCUCAGUGCUAUCUUGAAGAUCCUUGUCGCCAGACAGCAUGUGAGGCAGGAUUAAGGUUAUGGCGCAUCUUUUGGAGCACCACACUGUUCAUGUCCUGCAGCCGGAGGGCAGCCGAACGGGUCAUGAUGGGAUGCGGAGCUCGGCAGGGUUGGUUUGGAGGUCAACCGUGUACCUAUCAUACUUCACGGCUAUUUUAUUGUAUAUCAAUGCUAGAGCUAUUUAGUUUUUACGACUUGUGGGAUAGAUUCUUCCAUCUCGUAGAACUCCAUUCUUUAAUAUUGGUUACAUUGAUGCCAUGUUUCAACGUAUGAUCCAAAUCAUCCCUGUAAUAUGGCGAAUACUCGUCCGCCGAUUCGAGCAGUAGAUUAAUUCACAGCUCCGCUCCAAAAAGAAAAAAGGAAAGAAGUAUAUAUCCAUAUAU